GUCAAAAUGCCUUUUCAUUUCCCUAUAUUUACGAACCUACCCGUCUUCUUCCCCUUUUACACUUACAAGUCACGACUCCCAAUACUCUCCGCUCUCUACCUAAUCCAGCUUCUAAAAUUUCACCAAUUUCUUCCCUUCUUUCGUUGGUUGAAGUUUAACCAUGGGCAGAGGUUCUUCUCAGUCUCAAACAACCACCUCAACCACCUCCCGUCCUGGCGGCACGGCUCCUCGCGGCUCUGCUGCUGCAACAGCUGGUAUGCGUCGACGCCGUUUUGGAUCUUCCGUUUCCGCUUCUGCAUCCAACGCCGGAGCUAUCGGAAGUGGCAGCAGUAAUAUGCUUCGGUUUUACACCGAUGAUGCUCCAGGCCUCAAGAUCUCCCCUACCGUCGUUCUCGUUAUGAGUCUCUGCUUCAUCGGCUUCGUCACCGCUCUGCACGUGUUUGGCAAGCUUUAUCGUACUAGUGUAACUCCUGGAGCAUAAUCUAUACUAUCCGAAACCAUAUUCCCAACCCGAAUCCAACCGAUGAUUCGGAUCCUUGAUUUGUAACUUAAACUUCUUUGUUUCUCUUAAGCCCUUCCCUUGUAUCAGGCUAUGUACAAAUAGUAGUUGUGUUGUUGAAACCUUGAUGGAUUGUUGUUUUAUUUGUUUGCUUCCAUGAUAAUUCUUGACUCAUCAUUUGGCUUUA